AUGAUGAUGAUGUCCCUAAACAGCAAGCAGGCGUUCAGCAUGCCGCACGGCGGCAGCCUGCACGUGGAGCCCAAGUACUCGGCACUGCACAGCGCCUCGCCCGGCUCCUCGGCGCCCGCGGCGCCCUCAGCCAGCUCCCCCAGCAGCUCCAGCAAUGCUGGCGGCGGUGGUGGCGGCGGAGGCGGCGGCGGAGGCCGGAGCAGCAGCUCCAGUAGCAGUGGCAGCAGUGGCGGCGGAGGCGGCGGCGGGGGCUCAGAGGCUAUGCGGAGAGCUUGUCUUCCAACCCCACCGAGCAAUAUAUUCGGCGGGCUGGAUGAGAGUCUGCUGGCCCGUGCCGAGGCUCUGGCCGCCGUGGACAUCGUCUCCCAGACCAAGAGUCACCACCACCACCCGCCCCACCACAGCCCCUUCAAGCCGGACGCCACUUACCACACCAUGAACACCAUCCCGUGCACGUCGGCUGCCUCUUCUUCAUCUGUACCCAUCUCGCACCCGUCUGCACUGGCCGGCACCCACCACCACCACCAUCACCACCAUCACCACCACCACCAGCCGCACCAGGCGCUCGAAGGCGAGCUGCUGGAGCACCUGAGUCCCGGGCUGGCCCUGGGUGCCAUGGCUGGCCCCGACGGCGCGGUGGUGUCCACGCCGGCUCAUGCUCCGCACAUGGCCACCAUGAACCCCAUGCACCAAGCAGCGCUCAGCAUGGCCCAUGCGCACGGUCUGCCCUCGCACAUGGGCUGCAUGAGCGACGUGGACGCCGACCCGCGGGACCUGGAGGCGUUCGCCGAGCGCUUCAAGCAGCGACGUAUCAAGCUGGGGGUGACCCAGGCAGAUGUCGGUUCCGCUCUAGCCAACCUCAAAAUCCCCGGCGUGGGCUCUCUUAGCCAGAGCACCAUCUGCAGGUUCGAGUCUCUCACGCUGUCACACAACAACAUGAUCGCGCUCAAACCCAUCCUGCAGGCUUGGCUGGAGGAGGCAGAGAAGUCCCACCGCGAGAAGCUCACCAAGCCUGAGCUCUUCAAUGGCGCUGAGAAGAAGCGCAAGCGCACGUCCAUAGCUGCGCCUGAGAAGCGUUCGCUUGAAGCCUACUUUGCCAUCCAGCCGCGACCCUCCUCGGAGAAGAUCGCCGCCAUAGCAGAGAAGCUGGAUCUUAAGAAAAACGUGGUGCGCGUCUGGUUCUGCAACCAGAGGCAGAAACAGAAAAGAAUGAAAUAUUCCGCCGGCAUAUAG